AUGGAGAACAUGAAUGAGGGGAAUGGAGGGGAGGAUAGUUCGAGAUCGGAGAGCUCUAACCCCGGAGAGGGCGAGCGUCAGUCGAGUCAAGAGCUGAGUAUGGACGUAGAAGGAGAGGGUAGCCACGGGCACCCGUCAGCGGGGGAAGAGGAAUCCUUGUCACAGAGGGAGUUAUUUCGAAUCAUAGCUCACCAAGACAGGGCCAUAGCAGCGCUCAGAAGGGAGUUGGAAGGUGGACGAAGUGAAGACAAGAUGGCUUAUAGUCCGGGAAUGAGAAAGUGA